AUGCACAACCUUGAGGACAUCUCGUUCCUCAAAUUCACCAGUACUGGUUACACAGGGCCAGCAGUCCGCCUUGCUGCCGGCGUGCAAGCCUACCAGGCCAACUCGGCCGUCGCCUCGCAAGGCCUGCGAGUCACAGGAGGACUAUGCCCAACAGUAGGGCUCGCUUGGGGAUAUGUGACUGCGGGACGCCACGGGCCGCUAAUCGGGCUCCAUGGCCUUGCAGCCGACAACUCUCUCGAGUUUGAGGUGGUAACCCCGGAGAAGGGAUACAUGGUAGCCUCUCCAAGAGAGAAUGCCGAUCUCUUCUGGGCUCUCAACGGUGGAGGUGGCAGUGCGUAUGCAGUCAUCUUGUCGCAGACGACGCGGGCACAUUCCGAUGGCCCUGUGACCGCAGCUACAUUGAAUUUCAAUAAAACGGACGACGCAACAUACUGGGAUGCUAUCGACGCCUAG